AUGAAUUCAAAGGUAAUUUGUUUCAUAACUCUGGCUUCUUUUGUAUGGGCGAAUGAACAUGGUGCGGGAUAUUCUUCCCUGCAUAUAUCACGACAAGAUGGGAAACCAGAACUGGUUAAGGUUGGCCACGGUGAUGGUAAAGAAGGCCACGGACAUGGUGCAAGCUAUGAUUACUAUGUUUUAUGUCUGGCUGCCCUGACAUCUAUCGUAUCUUGUCAGUAUGGACAUGGGCAUGGAGACGCUUACUCAUCCAACCACAUCUCUCGUCAUGAUGGACAUCCACACAUAGUGCACGGUCACCACGGUCAUGAUUAUCAUGUCUUGUGUUUAGCUGCUUUCGUUGCUGCUGCGACAGCCCAAUAUGGAUAUGGACAUGGAUCCGCUUACUCAUCUAACCACAUCUCCCGUCAUGAUGGACAUCCACACAUAGUACACGGCCAUCACGGCCAUGACUAUCAUAUCUUAUGUUUCGCUGCCCUCGUUGCCGUUGCUGCGGCUCAAUACGGCUACGGUCAUGGAUCACCGUACUCAUCUAAUCACAUCUCCCGACACGAUGGACAUCAGCAACUGGUCCAUGGACAUCACGGUCACCAUGAUUAUCACAUAUUAUGUUUCGCUGCCCUCGUCGCCGUUGCUGCGGCUCAAUACGGCUACGGUCAUGGAUCAGCGUACUCAUCUAAUCACAUCUCCCGACACGAUGGACAUCAGCAACUGGUCCAUGGACAUCACGGUCACCAUGAUUACCAUAUCUUAUGUUUCGCUGCCCUCAUCGCCGUUGCUGCAGCUCAAUACGGCUACGGUCAUGGAUCAGCGUACUCAUCUAAUCACAUCUCCCGACACGAUGGACAUCCACAACUGGUCCAUGGACAUCACGGUCAUCAUGAUUACCAUAUCUUAUGUUUCGCUGCCCUCGUCGCCGUUGCUGCGGCUCAAUACGGCUACGGUCAUGGAUCAGCGUACUCAUCUAAUCACAUCUCCCGACACGAUGGACAUCAGCAACUGGUCCAUGGACAUCACGGUCACCAUGAUUACCACAUCUUAUGUUUCGCUGCCCUCGUCGCCGUUGCUGCAGCUCAAUACGGCUACGGUCAUGGAUCAGCGUACUCAUCUAAUCACAUCUCCCGACACGAUGGACAUCCACAACUGGUCCAUGGACAUCACGGUCACCAUGAUUACCACAUAUUAUGUUUCGCUGCCCUCGUCGCCGUUGCUGCAGCCCAAUACGGCUACGGUCAUGGAUCAGCGUACUCAUCUAAUCACAUCUCCCGACACGAUGGACAUCCACAACUGGUCCAUGGACAUCACGGUCACCAUGAUUACCAUGUGUUGUUUAUCGCUGCCUUCAUAUCAAUUGCUGCUUGUCAAUAUGAACAUGGAUAUGGAGACGCUUACUCAUCCAACCACAUUUCCCGUCAUGAUGGACAUCCACACGUAGUGCACGGCCAUCAUGGUCAUGAUUAUCAUGUAUUGUGCUUAUUGGGACUGUUAGCCGUAUCAAUGGCUAAUUUAGUUCCCGAAUACGAGAAGGCUGUCUCUUCACAAUACAUAAUAAAGAAAGACGAUUAUCCAGUUCUCAUUAAAAGGGAUUAUUAUAAUGACUAUUAUCGCAACAACUACCGCUACGGACAUGGAUAUAACCACUAUGACUACUAUGCUUUGUUUAUCGCUGCCUUCAUAUCUAUUGCAGCCUGUCAGUAUGGACAUGGAUAUGGAGACGCUUACUCAUCCAACCACAUUUCCCGUCAUGAUGGACAUCCACACGUAGUGCACGGUCACCACGGUCAUGAUUAUCAUGUAUUGUGCUUAUUGGGACUGUUAGCCGUAGGAAUGGCUAAUCUAGUCCCCGAAUACGAGAAGGCUGUCUCUUCACAAUACAUAAUAAAAAAAGACGAUCAUCCAGUUGGCAUUAAUAGGGAUUAUUAUAAUGACUAUUAUCGCAACAACUAUCAUUAUGGACAUGGAUACAACCACUAUGACUACUACGCUUACCCUAAAUAUGAAUUUGAAUAUAAAGUAGCCGAUCCUCAUACUGGAGAUUUUAAGAAACAGCGUGAGUUACGAGAUGGUGGUUUAGUUAAAGGUUUCUACGAACUCCUGCAACCUGACGGACACGAGAGGAGAGUAGAUUACUACAGUGACGAUAAAAUUGGUUUCCAAGCUGAUGUGAAAUACAAUAUUAAUCAUCGUUACCCGUAUGCUAAAUACUACAGACCGUACCCUGAUCACUACCCCAGAUAUUAUCAUUAA